AUGGACCGACAACGCCACGCAUCCAGGCGCCGCAGACCUUCGUAUCUGGUGCAGCAGGAUGAGAAAAGAAAACUUGCGCAAGAGCUGAGCGUUCUCCAGAGUCUUCUCGCAGACAUCCAGGCUCGCCCAAAGACUGGUAGUAGCAAAAGCUCAAUCGUUGCUCGCGGGGAUGCAGGAGAGUCAUAUCGGCAGUCCAUUGUGCAGACACGUUUACAUGCCAAAAGAGUGGUCGGAGCGACGUCAAGCGCUGCUGAGCCUCAAAGGUGA